GAAAUGCCAGAAUGGAUUUUAUUACUCGGAAAUAUUACAUCAAGUAGAAAUGGGCAUGCAACCUUAUUGCUCCUCCUUGUCUAAAAAUGAUCUACCACCUUAGUAAUAUCAGAAAAAUGGCGAUACGAUGGACAAUUAUACUGCAUAUUACCAUUUUAGUCGUUAAGAUAGUAUUAGGUGAAGAUGCUUCUAGUUUGCCAUUAGAACAUAGGGGUCACUUAGGUCCAUAUUUAGCACCACAAGGUUCACUAGGAUCUGUAAAUGAUAUAGGUUCUUAUUUGGCGCCUGCAGGCUCUUACGGUCCACCAAAUUCAGAUGAUGCAUGGGCAUUAAAUAAUGAAGAACCUGCACCUAGAAUAAAAAAUUUACAAGUGCAAUGUGAAAAAACGCAUAUGAGGGUCAAUGUGGAAUUCGACAGACCGUUCUAUGGAACAAUCUUCUCGAAAAAUCAUUUUAGUGACCCACAAUGUGUGCACUUAAAACCAGGAACCGGAUUGCUAAGCGCCAACUUCGAAAUUUAUCUAAACACAUGCGGAAUGACCGGAUCAAGUUUACACGAUGCACACUUGUACGAAAAUCCAGCAAAACCAAGCAACAGUUUUGUGGAAAACACGAUAAUCAUUCAAUACGAUCCGUUUGUCCAAGAAGUUUGGGAUUUAGCCAGAAAAUUGAGAUGUACCUGGUACGACUUCUACGAAAAGAGUGUCCAAUUUAAACCUUUCCAAGUUGAUAUGUUACAUGCUGUUACUGCUAACUUCUUGGGCGACAACUUGCAAUGCUGGAUGCAAAUUCAAGUCGGAAAAGGUCCAUGGGCUUCAGAAGUAUCUGGAAUUGUUAAAAUUGGUCAAACCAUGACAAUGGUCUUAGCUAUUAAGGACGAUGAAAGACGAUUUGACAUGUUAGUUCGUGAUUGCUUGGCUCAUGAUGGACACAGGGCACCAAUUCAAUUAGUUGAUCGAAGAGGUUGUGUGAGCAGACCAAGAAUUAUGAGCGGUUUCCAAAAAAUUAGAGAUUUCGGUCCAAGUGCUACUGUUGUAUCUUAUGCUUACUUCCAGGCUUUCAAAUUCCCUGAUGCAAUGAGCGUUCACUUCCAAUGUGUCAUCCAGGUAUGCAGAGAUAAAUGCCCAGAACCAGAUUGUGGAGGAGGAGAACACCACUUGCACCACAACUUGCUCCAACAACAAGCCCUUGGAGGCCACUAUCCACCUCCACAGCAAGUGGACCCACGUCACCCAUUAGCAGGGGGCGCCGAAGUUGCUGAUCCUCUUACCGGAGCAUACUCAGAAAACCACCCUGAAAAAGUCCUAUUACAACCAGAUAACAUCAGCAAAAAGGGCGAUUACAUCGAAAACGUAAAUGAAGUUUACAAUGCAAAUAGCGAUAACUCCAACAAUAAACAACAAAAUUAUGAAAAUCUGAACUAUGAUAAUCAACAGAAACAAAACCAGAACAAUUAUGAUGCUGUUCUGAAUAAUAAUUAUGAAAACAAACGCCAACAUCCACCAUUGCCUCCACCACCACCACCAGGCAGCGAUAGGAAUACAUAUAGUACUGUUGAUGGAAAUGGUGGUCCUGAAAGUGAACACAUUUCCACUUUGGGCGGAAGACCGAGGUCUGUGGAAACCAGGGAAAGGAGGAGCUUGGACCAAGGAACCUUCAUCACCAUCCCAGUAUCGGUUGUCCACACCCGCCAAACGCGCGACGUCUCAGCCUCUCCUACGACAGACGUCACCACAAAACGCGUCAUCAGGGUAGUUGCCCCCAACGACGUCGAUUUCUCACUAAAUGCUAAAAAUAAUGCUCAAAACGAGACAGUAAUAAUUGAAACCAUGAAUUAUGGCAAAAACGCCGAAAAUAUUUGCUUAUCCAUCCAGAGCUUCGUCAGUGGUUUGAUCAGUCUUCUCCUCAUCAUCAUAGUCGCCAGUUUGAUUGCAGGAUUCUUGUUCGUCAGGAGAUACAGCUGUUCGACCACGACAAUCCUGUUUCCUUCCUCCUCAAAACAUUAAACGCAUUGUUCUCGAAACUAUCAUUUU